GCACCCUACUAAAUAUGUGAACGGCAAAAUUUUUCAGCUGUCAAAUUUCCUAUCGGGUUGUUUAUGAAGAAACUAGAAAAUUGUGCAAUUUGAGGUGGAUAACUUGUUAAAACCAUGAAUUCCGAAGACGAACUAUCGGUGGUUGAUGUGUAUGACCUGGCCGCCGAUAUUGGAAAAGAGUUUGAGACAAUAAUCGAUAAAAAUGGAACUAAUGCUGUAUCUGAACUAAUACCAAAAGUAAUCAAUAUUCUAGAGCUAUUAGAAACUCUUACCAUAAGGAAAGAAAAUGAAAAUGCGAUUGUUCAAGAGCUCAAUGAAAAAAUCGCCCAACUCGAAGCAGAUAAAUUCGAAAAGGCAGAAUUUAAGAAAAAGAUUGAUAAGGAAAUGGAGUCCAUCGAAGAACAAUGGCGUAUUGAAACGCGCGAUUUAUUACAAGUUAUAAGUCGUCUUCAAAGUGAAAACAGAAGAUUAACAAAAAGUCAAAACAUAGAACAAGUAAUAACUAAACAUUCCAAUAUCGACUCAACAAACGCUGAUCAUCAUUCCAAUAAUUCUUUUUGUGCCAAUUGUGAUUCUUCAAACAUAUCCAAGUUGAAAAUUAAAAUCAACGAACAGAACGAUGAAAUAAAGUUCAAGGAUCGAGAAAUGGAGGAUAAAAUAUCCGAAAUCAAUAACUUAUUCCUGCAAAUCGAGAGACUUAAAAAUACAUUAAGCGAAUGUCGCAGACGGCAAAAACUAACGCAAAAUCAAAUGAUAACUUUAUUUGAAGAGCGUGCAGAUUUUUUGGCACAGCUGCAGGAUCAGCAUCAUGAAUUAAUUACCCUACGUAAAAAGCUGGGUAUUGCGGAAAAGGAAAACGAAGAUCUAACUGAUAUGGCUAAGGAAGACGAGCGACCACGAUUUUCAACUAUUGAGUUAAAAGAAGUGCUAACUGAACGUCAUGAGCUGAAGCUACGUGUUAAUGAUCUAGAGCAAGAAUUAUUGGCUUGCAAGCAGCCAGCUCCCAGUGAAUUAGAUGACCAUACCUCGGAGGAUCUUCCUGUUCAAGGACCGUUACCAUACGAACCAGAUGAUGCGCCUUGGAAAAAACAUUCAGAAAGUGGAAUUAGAAAGUUCUUCCGGAGGCUUUUCUCGGACGUCAAUACGGAAAAUGCAAGUUUUCCACGCCGUUCAAUUUCGGCUUUGACUAAAAUGGCUCUCUCAUCUGGACCACACAGUGACAUUCCUAUUUAAGACAUGAAAAUUGAUAAACCUUAAACCAGUAUUUUAAUCCUAGGUGUUUGUUUUAGUAGAGUUUUAAUAAAUACAUAUAUGUAGAGUCGUUAGUCGCA